UACAUAUGGUCCACAUGCGCCUUUCUCCACCGCUCCAUAUUCCCCGCCACCCAACUCCCUUUCUUGAAUUGGGCGGGAAAACUUGAAAGGCUCGCCAAAAAGUCACAGAAAUAGAGGGAAAUUCCUCAAACCCUAAACGCUAUUUAAAGAUAUAUCCAAAAACCUGUCUUGUAUGUAUGUGUGGGUGACUAUAUAUACAGCGCAGAGAACCCAUUUGUUGUUCGUCAGUGGUUGUACUGAAUACCUGUUCGACGAAAUUCCUCACUAGAGCGGAAUCUUGAAAUUGUUAGGGAAAUAUGUAUGUAGUGAAGAGGGACGGAAGGCAGGAGACUGUGCACUUCGACAAGAUAACUGCGAGGCUGAAGAAAUUGAGCUAUGGGCUGAGUAGCGAGCACUGUGACCCAGUUUUGGUGUCCCAGAAAGUCUGCGCGGGAGUCUACAAAGGCGUAACUACAAGCCAGCUUGAUGAGUUAGCUGCCGAGACUGCUGCCGCAAUGACUGCUAACCACCCUGAUUAUGCUUCCUUGGCUGCAAGGAUUGCUGUGUCGAAUCUUCACAAGAACACAAAGAAAUCUUUUUCUGAGACGAUCAAAGACAUGUACAACCAUGUCAGUGAGAGGUCGGGGCUGAAGGCUCCUUUGAUUGCAGAUGAUGUCUAUGAGAUUAUAAUGAAGAAUUCUGCUCGUCUUGAUAGUGAGAUCAUAUAUGACAGAGACUUUGACUAUGAUUACUUUGGAUUCAAAACCCUUGAAAGGUCUUACCUGUUAAAGGUCCAAGGCAAGGUUGUUGAGAGGCCUCAACACAUGUUGAUGAGGGUUGCCGUUGGUAUCCACAAGGAUGAUAUUGAUUCAGUUAUAAAAACAUAUCAUCUGUUGUCUCAGCGAUGGUUCACUCAUGCAUCUCCUACCCUUUUCAAUGCUGGAACACCAAGACCACAAUUGAGCAGCUGUUUCUUGAUAUGCAUGAAAGAGGAUAGUAUUGAGGGCAUAUAUGAUACACUCAAGGAGUGUGCUGUUAUCAGCAAAUCAGCUGGAGGGAUUGGUGUCUCUGUGCAUAACAUCCGUGCUACUGGAAGUUAUAUACGUGGAACAAAUGGAACUUCCAAUGGCAUUGUUCCAAUGCUUCGAGUGUUCAAUGACACAGCUCGAUAUGUGGAUCAAGGGGGUGGCAAGAGGAAAGGUGCUUUUGCUGUGUAUUUGGAGCCAUGGCAUGCUGAUAUCUUUGAGUUUCUUGAUCUGAGGAAAAACCAUGGAAAGGAGGAGCACCGAGCAAGAGAUCUAUUUUAUGCUCUUUGGGUACCUGAUCUAUUUAUGCAAAGAGUUCAAUCUAAUGGACAAUGGUCAUUGUUUUGUCCGAAUGAGGCUCCUGGGUUAGCUGAUUGUUGGGGUGAAGAAUUUGAAGCUUUAUACACUAAGUAUGAGAGAGAGGGAAAAGCCAAGAAGGUUGUUCAGGCUCAGAAUCUGUGGUUUGAAAUCUUGAAAUCCCAAAUUGAAACUGGAGUUCCUUAUAUGCUUUAUAAGGACACUUGCAAUAGAAAAAGCAACCAGCAGAAUCUGGGUACCAUAAAAUCCUCUAAUUUGUGUACUGAGAUUAUUGAAUACACAAGUCCUACAGAAACUGCUGUCUGCAAUCUGGCAUCAAUUGCUCUACCACGAUAUGUCAGAGAGAAGGGGGUGCCGAUGGAAGCACAACCAACGAAGCUUGUUGGCAGCAUAGGUUCUAAAAAUCGAUACUUUGACUUUGACAAAUUGGCCGAGGUCACUACAAUAGUUACUACAAACCUUAACAAGAUAAUUGAUGUGAAUUAUUAUCCUGUGGAAACUGCAAAAAGGUCUAAUUUGCGUCACAGGCCAAUAGGAAUUGGGGUACAAGGACUUGCAGACACUUUUAUCUUGCUUGGAAUGGCAUUUGACUCUCCAGAGGCUCAGCAGUUGAACAAGGAUAUAUUUGAGACCAUAUACUACCAUGCACUAAAGGCAUCAUGCGAGCUAGCUGAAAAAGAAGGCCCAUAUGAAACUUAUACUGGCAGUCCUGUUAGCAAGGGAAUUCUUCAGCCAGAUAUGUGGGGAGUGAAGCCUUCAGAUAGAUGGGACUGGGAUGCUCUUAGGGAAAUGAUAGCAAAGAAUGGAGUGAGAAAUUCACUUCUAAUAGCACCCAUGCCCACUGCUUCAACAAGCCAGAUUCUUGGGAACAAUGAGUGCUUUGAACCAUACACCUCUAAUAUUUACAGUCGCAGAGUUCUGAGUGGAGAGUUUGUUGUGGUGAACAAGCAUCUUCUUCAUGAUUUGACCGAGAUGGGUCUUUGGUCUCCAGCUCUUAAGAACAGGAUAAUAUAUGAGGAUGGUUCUGUUCAAAAAAUUCCUGAGAUUCCUGAAGAACUUAAAAUCAUUUACAAGACUGUUUGGGAGAUCAAGCAACGGAUCUUGGUUGAUAUGGCUGUUGAUCGGGGAUGCUACAUAGACCAGAGUCAAAGCCUUAACAUCCACAUGGACCAACCCAACUUUGGAAAGCUUACUUCGCUGCACUUUCAUGCCUGGUCUAGGGGCUUGAAGACAGGAAUGUACUACCUAAGAUCUCGUGCUGCAGCUGAUGCUAUCAAAUUCACAGUUGACACUUCCAUGAUAAAGGAUAAGCCCAAGAUGGUAGUUGAUGAUGAUAAUUCUAAGAUGGCACAAAUGGUAUGCUCCUUAUCUAACCGUGAUGAGUGCCUCGCUUGUGGAAGUUAAGAGCUCUGUAAGAUGAGAUGAGUUUUUUCAGCUGCUCCUGUUGCUGCUAUGACAUGUAUAAGCUUUCGCGGUUUCCUGACAGUUUCGCUCUCUGCGAAUUUGUCUAGUUUCCAAAUGAUGUCUAACUUAAUUAGUAGUUAUUAUAAUAUCUACAAAGGAAAAAAAGAUAUAGGAAUUUAGCUAUCUACUAUGCGUUGUACGCAUGCUUUAGUGAUCCUAAAUGGAAGUUAACUCAAUUUCCACAAUGUCUGAACGUUUCUGUAUAUGAUAUAUGUGUAGUUGUGCUGCAAUUUAUUGCUGUGAACUUGGCAAGUAGUGAAUCUUUGUAUAGACCUGGGUUUGCUCUUUGCUUCUUGGUACAAUGUUAAAAUAGUAUUUACAAACUCAUGAAGAGAGCCUCGUCUUUCUGUAA